CAGCGGCGGCCUUGGGGAUUUCAGCUUUUUGUGCUGCUCGGUGAUGUCGUUCCGAAGAGGGCCGUCUGCCGUCAAAAAGUCGCUCACCCCAGAGAUGCCAGGCUCUUCAGGGCAGCCGGGCUCUCAGACGAUAAAGAAGGGGCACAGAGGAGUGGAUUCCACGGGUGAGACCACCUACAAGAAGACAACGUCAUCAGCCUUGAAAGGUGCCAUCCAGCUGGGCAUCACACACACGGUUGGGAGCUUGAGCACUAAACCUGAAAGAGAUGUUCUCAUGCAAGAUUUCUACGUAGUAGAAAGUAUUUUCUUCCCAAGCGAAGGCAGUAACCUCACCCCAGCUCACCACUACAACGAUUUCCGCUUCAAAACCUACGCGCCGGUGGCCUUCCGAUAUUUCCGGGAGCUGUUUGGGAUCCGGCCGGACGAUUACCUGUACUCGCUCUGCAGUGAGCCCCUCAUUGAGCUCUCCAACUCUGGGGCCAGUGGAUCCCUCUUCUACGUGUCCAGCGACGACGAGUUUAUCAUCAAGACAGUUCAGCACAAAGAGGCAGAGUUCUUGCAGAAGCUGCUGCCCGGCUACUACAUGAACUUGAAUCAGAACCCAAGGACGCUGCUGCCCAAGUUUUACGGCUUGUAUUGUGUCCAAGCCGGGGGCAAAAACAUCCGCAUUGUGGUGAUGAACAACCUGCUGCCACGUUCUGUGAAGAUGCACCUCAAAUACGACCUGAAGGGCUCCACCUACAAACGCAGGGCGUCCCAGAAGGAGAGGGAGAAGGUCUUCCCCACCUACAAGGACUUGGAUUUUAUGCAGGACAUCCCCGACGGCCUCUUCUUGGACUCAGACAUGUAUAAUGCUCUGUGCAAAACGUUGCAGAGAGACUGUUUGGUCCUGCAGAGUUUUAAAAUCAUGGAUUACAGUUUGCUGGUGGCAAUCCAUAACAUGGACCUGGCACAGAGGGAGCACGCGAUGGCAGACGGGACGUCCCAGGCCGACACGCGGCGCCCUGCGGCACAGAAGGCCCUGUAUUCCACUGCCAUGGAGUCCAUCCAGGGGGAAGCCCGCAGGGGAGGCACCAUAGAGACAGACGACCAGAUGGGGGGCAUUCCUGCCCGCAACGCCAAGGGGGAGAGGCUGCUCCUCUACGUGGGCAUCAUCGAUGUGCUGCAGUCCUACAGGUUUGUGAAGAAGCUGGAGCACUCCUGGAAGGCCCUUGUGCAUGAUGGGGACACUGUUUCUGUGCACAGACCCAGCUUCUAUGCUGAAAGAUUCCAGCGCUUCAUGUGCAACACAGUAUUCAAGAAGAUUCCCUUGAAGCCAUCCCCUUCCAAGAAGAGCCGCUCCGGCACUGCGGUUCCGAGGCGCAGCUGUCAGGGAGGAGUGCCUUCCCAGCUGCACGUGUCGUGUGAGACAAAAGCACAAGUCACGACAGAGGCGGAUGUGGAGCAAGGUUCCCACCUCGGCCGCCCGGAUCUCCUGCCCAGGACUCUGCCUGUGGACGAAGCCAACAGCGAUUCCGUCGCCACCACUUUGUCCACCUCCUCCUUGGGCAGCGGAGGUCUCCACUCACCCGCAAACAGGUCAGUGGGCGUGCAGGUGCACAAAGCCGACAGCUCAGCAAAGGAUUUCGCUAGGACUGCUGCCUUCCUGUCUAGCAGCUCCCCAGGACCGUCCGUCCCUGAGCCCUCCUCGGAGCUGAGGGAGCAGCUGGAAGAGCUGCAGGAGACGGAGAUCAGCUUCUGAGGCAGCUCUGAGCCGACGCUGGCAGCAGGAGGUUCCGUGCUCUGCGUGGGCUCUGUGCGCUCAGCCCCCGUUGCUCCGUUGCUGACCUUCGUGGUUUUUAGUUUGUUUUUUGGUUCUUGGGUUUUUUUGUGUUUCUUUUUUUUUUUUUGUGGGUUUUUUUUUUUUUUUGGAAAUGUUACCUGGACAGGAAGCUGAGAGCCAGGCGGGCUGUGCAGUGCGGGCAGCCCAGCAGAGCGGAUCAGCGGAGACCUCCAGGCACUGCGCUGCUGCCUGAGCCCAGGGCCUGAGCCGCCCUGAGGGGAGGAGAAGGAAGAGGAGGAACUGCUCCACUGGACUGAAGGCCUUUGGAAAAAGGCUCUGACCUCCAAGGCUCGCAAUGCUGCCACCACAAACUGCCGCCCAUGGGAGUUUUUUGGCCCCGCCGGCAGUUUGCCUCGGAGCGACGCGUUCACCUUUUGUAUUUCCAACGAGUUUUUAACGUCGGCGUUUCCUGCAGUUCAGCUCCAGCCCUUCCCCUCAGCUCUGCUCUGUGUGACCACAGACGGGGCCCUGAGUGCUGUGCAGGAGGGCUGUGUCCCCUCGGUGCCCCUUUGCGGAUGCAGAUCUUUGCCCUGAGCCCAGCUGUGGGAAUCUGUCACCAUUUCUUCGCAGACGGACCCAACCUGGCAGCCCCACUGGGCUGAGCUGCGUUUGCACGGAACGCUUUUUGGGUUUUAUUUUUUAGGAUAGGAAGCGACUCCAGCCCGCGUUCCCAACGGGUUGGAAUCCUCCGUUGGUUUUUCUUUUUUAUAUAUUGGAGAAAAAAAGGAAAAAAAAAAAAAAAAAAAAAAGCCAAGGGAUGUAAUUGUGCCCCUGCGGGGUUGCUGUGUGCAGAGGAGCCCAGGAGCGGUGGUGCAGAGGGCGGCGCUUUGCGGUGCCACCUCCCACCUCGAGUGGGCACUGAUAUUUUUUUAAGGAAAAAACAAAAACAUCCAUGGAAAAAAAAAAACAAAACCCAACCCAAUAUCCCAGCCCCCUUUUGGAUGUUAUUUCUUAGUUUUGUUUGAAAAGACCCCACGGAAUGGCCUUAUCCUCUGGGCGGCCAGACCCAGAGCGGGGUUCUGCGGCUCCCGGUGCCCCGGUGCCGUCCCACGCCGACCCCACCAGCGCUGGGAGGAAGGUGGGCUCUUCCCCCGCUGCUGCCCUCACCUUACAGCCAAAAUAACUGUCUAUAUUAGACGCUGUUCUUACCUUCCCUCCCAUCUCCUGUAAUGGUUCGUGUUUCUCGUUCUGUUUUUUUUUACCAGGAGGGAAGAAAACCGACUCCCCGUUCUUUUUUUCCCUAUGAUUUAAUAUUUAUGAAGUUGUAUUUAAGUGGUUUUGUUUCAUUUUAUUUGUUUUCUGGGGAUAGCUGUGCAGCAGUAGGGAGAUGGGGGGUGGUGUUUCUAUACGGGAUCUUCCAACCUUUGCUUUGUAAUGGGUUUUCAGAACAACUGCCUUUUUUUUUUUUUUUUUUUUUUUUUUUGCAUCUGGAAGUGGCGACAACUGCUGUUAAAUGGCUCCUGAACCCCCCCGGGGCCCUUCUACAGCAGGGAGGGCUGUGGGGCCGCCUGUGGGACCACCUGAUGGAUCCUGGGAGCAUCCAAUGGAUCCUGGAAUCAAUUGAUGGAUCCUGGGAGCAUCCAAUGGAUCCUGGCGUUGUCCAAUGGAUCCUGGGACCACCUGUUGGAUCCUGGCCCCUGAUGAUGGAUUCUGGGACCAUUGAAUGGAUCCUGGCAUGGACUUAAGGAUCCUGACCUCAGCUGGUGGGUUGCUGGAUCCUGGGACUGCCCAAUGGGUGCUGGAAUGAGUUGAUGGAUCCUGCCAUCGCUCAGUGGAUCUUGGCAUGGACUUAAGGACGAUGACCUUAGGUGAUGGAUCCUGGCACCACAUGGUGGAUUCUGGGGCCAUCGAAUGGAUCCUAGGGUCAUCUGCUUGGUCCUGGGAAGGGUUGAUGGAUGCUGGCAUCACCCCAUGGCUCCUGGCAUGGACUUAAGGAUCUUAGCCCCACGUGACGGAUCCUGGCACCGCAUGAUGCAUCCGGCCCCAUGUGAUGGGUCCUGAUGGAUCUGGUCCUACCUGAUGGAUGCCGGUGGGGGUUGAUGGAUCCCAGCACCUCCUGAUGGAUCUGGACCCACUGGAUCCUGGCACAGACUUAAGAAUGCUGGCCCCAGCCCCUGGAUCCCGGCACCUCCUGCUGGAUCUGCUCUCAGGUCACGGAUCCCAGCACCUCCUGUUGGGUUCAGGCCAGCGUGGUCCCUCGGCAGUGGGAAGGCCCCGUCCGUGUCCCCAUGGAGCUGCUCGUGUCGUGGACGUUGUCGUGUAACCUGUGCCGUGUUGCCGCCAGCGGCUGUUCUGUGGAUACCUGCGGCCCCGAAUACAGCGUGUGCUCCUGCA